CUCUGUCGCGCCCGAGGAUCGAACCCGGGAUACCCGAUUGUUCGUCGACAAUGUUAGGAUUGGACAGUCUUUAAACGUUCAUUAUCUUCUUAACAGAACCUAAAUCAAAUUAUAAAUGCUGGAUAAAAAUGUGUAGACACAGAUUUUAAACACUUGGAUGCCUUAUGAUAAUCAUUUGUGUAUAAUUCAAUCUUUCAUUUGGUUCCAGAGAGGCGACAAUCAUGGGACGGAGCCGCAAACUGUCCAGUAAGCUCCUCAAACGGACAGCUGAGAACCGACAAUCAGCUGAUGAGAAACAGUGUAACGAGGAUGAGCAACACACUGAGAAACAUCAGGAGAAUGGAGACAUACAACAGGCCGGCGAGCACCAACAGGCUGGUGGUGCUCCCACCAAAACCAAAAUCCAUCGCUGUAACAUCUGCCAGUUGACAUUCGCCACAACAUUAAGCUUUGAAAGACACAUGAAGAGACAUGAAGCAAACAAACCACAUGAGCGCCAAGACUGUGACAAGAAAUUCGUAACAAAAUCUGGCCUCGAUAUUCACAGAAGAAAACACACAGGUGAGAGACCAUACAAGUGUGACAAUUGCUCAAAGGCCUUCACAACACGAUCAGUACUCAUUAUGCACAUGAGAGGCCACACAGGUGAGAAACCUUAUGAGUGCAAUACUUGUGGUGCAAGGUUCACUCAGAGUGCAACUCGAGCUGACCACAUGCGGCGUCAUACAGGAGAAAAAACAAUACCAAUUUACCACUUGCCCAGAAAAAUUUGUUACGAGAAUAAAUUAUCGUGGGCACAUAUUGUUGUCUCAAAGAAAAAGUAA